CAGUAGCAGAAGCAGCAGCAGUAGAAGCAGUAGAAGACUGCACAGAAUAGCAUGAGUGAGGCAGACAGGAAUAGCCAGGCGCUGUACCCAGAGUGGGAGGUGGAGAGGGGAAGCGAUUGCCUUAAGGCAGCUAUGAGUGUCCCGUAUGUCACACUUGCUACUGCCGCAUCUGGAGUGACGUGCUGCCUGUCCCCUGAGGUACACACGGAGCCACUGGGCAGCGACUUUCCUCUUGCGUAAAAUGACAGAUUUAUUCCUUACAAUAAGAAGCAUUAAACGGAGUCCUUGAGCCAGCAGGACGGGCUGCAUUCCUCUGUCAAGUCGCUGCGCUUUGGAAGGACUGAGACGCACGCAAGGAGACUUUCCAGGACAGUUCCCCCAAGUUCUUCCCUUUGUGCAUAAUGUUUAACCAAGACUGAGCAGCCCCCCGAGUGCACCCCCGGCCUCAGUAAUGAUGCAUGAAGGAGAAAGGUUUGUGGGCGCCGCUUCAUCCAAACGCGCUUCUCAUCCAGUCUGUGCGGCGUUGUGCGGCUGCGAUCCGACAGUUGCACAUUCAGCACCAAGCGGGGCUUUCCAGCUUUCCCAAGCUUGUCAAGAAGAUAACGCAGGGGGUUAGACCCCGACUUCUCAUGGGGGGCUGACGUGUAACCGGGGCGCUGGAAUAUGUACCAGCCUUUUCAGCACUUGGACAGCGGUCAAGUCGCCUGCUGCGAGUCGCCAGAGAUGCUCAUGAACUCCACCGUGUCCCACGAAUCGCAGCAGAGGAAAGAGCUGGUGGCGGGGCAGAUAGUAACUGGGAGCCUCCUUCUCCUUCUCAUCUUCUGGACGCUUUUUGGCAACAUCUUGGUCUGCACAGCGGUCAUGCGAUUUAGACACCUGCGCAACAGGGUGACCAACAUUUUUAUCGUUUCUCUGGCUGUCUCAGAUCUACUGGUCGCCCUGUUGGUGAUGCCUUGGAAAGCUGUAGCUGAGGUGGCAGGUCACUGGCCCUUUGGGGCAUUUUGUGAUAUCUGGGUGGCCUUUGACAUUAUGUGCUCCACCGCCUCCAUACUCAACCUGUGUGUCAUCAGCGUUGAUAGAUACUGGGCAAUCUCCAGCCCCUUCAGGUAUGAGAGGAAGAUGACCCAGAGGGUGGCUUUGCUGAUGAUCAGCGCUGCAUGGGCGCUCUCUGUAUUAAUAUCAUUUAUACCAGUGCAGCUGAGUUGGCACAAAAGUGAAACAGAUGACCACCUAUUGAGUAAUCAGUCAACUGGCAACUGUGACUCCAGUCUGAACAGGACUUAUGCUAUCUCCUCCUCCCUGAUUAGCUUUUACAUCCCUGUGGCUAUCAUGAUUGUGACCUACACUAGGAUAUAUAGGAUCGCCCAGAUUCAGAUCAGGAGGAUCUCCACCUUGGAAAGAGCUGCUGAACAUGCUCAAAGCUGUAGGAGCAACAGGGUGGAUUGCAGGCACCACCAGAGUAGCCUGAAAACUUCCAUCAAAAAAGAGACCAAAGUUCUAAAGACCCUGUCCAUCAUUAUGGGAGUGUUUGUGUGUUGCUGGCUACCCUUUUUCAUUUUGAACUGCAUGGUUCCAUUCUGUGACAGGUCUUCUGGCCACCCACAGGCAGGGCUUCCUUGUGUAAGUGAGACCACUUUUGACAUCUUUGUCUGGUUUGGUUGGGCUAACUCUUCCUUGAACCCAAUCAUCUAUGCUUUCAAUGCUGACUUCAGAAAGGUCUUCUCCAGCCUUCUGGGCUGUGGCCACUGGUGUUCCACCACCCCCGUGGAGACUGUCAACAUCAGUAACGAGCUUAUUUCCUACAACCAAGAUACCAUAUUCCACAAGGAUAUCGUAACGGCUUAUGUCAACAUGAUUCCCAACGUUGUGGAUUGUAUAGAUGACAAUGAGGAUGCUUUCGACCACAUGUCCCAGAUAUCUCAAACCUCUGCAAACAAUGAGCUGGCCACUGAUUCCAUGUGUGAACUUGACAGUGAAGUGGAUAUCUCCUUACACAAAAUAACACCAUCCAUGCCAAACGGUAUACAUUAAGCCCAAGGGUGUAUUUAUUCAGGAUGAUAAUAUAUUUGAUUGUAUAUCUCGAAUUUGCCUUGAUAAUUGUUGUUUUACCUACACCUGGGCAAUGCUUUAUUCAGUAGGCAACCUCAGCUAUAUAUUAACAAACUACAACUCCCAGUAUCCCCACAUAACAUGAUCUAUUGUAGGAAGGUGUAGUUCUGCAACAUCUGGUUUGGUUCUGUGAUAUACUACUAGGGUAUAAUAUGCAGGUAUGGGACCUUUUAUGCAGAAUGCUUGGUGCCUGGGGUUUUCCGCAUAAGGGGUCUUUCCAUAAUUUGGAUAUCAAUAUCUUAAACAUAUUAAGAAAUCAUUUAGAUAUUAUUUUAACCCAAUGGGGUUGUUUUAACCCCCAAAGGAUUAAUUAUAUCUUAGUUGGGAUCAAGUACAGGUACUGUUUUAUUAUUACAGAGAAAAGGGAA